AUGGCUGACUUCCUGUCAAAAUGGCUAACUUCCGGAACGUAUAGUCGUGGGGUAGGGCGUCCGUUACUCUUAGGGCCCGAGAUUCCCGAAAUAUGUACACGCCACCACGCCGAGGGGGGAGGGGUGGGGUCCCCGUAUGUGCCUCCCGAGCUCAGGGAGGCUCACAGAUGUCCCUCCCCAUUGGAGCCCAUGUUAGGGAGGGAAAAAGUAAGAAACAUCUUAAAAUUCAGGAGUUUGAUUCAGGAAAUGUCUGACUGUUUCUUCGCAGGAUUGUCAGCUGGGAAAUGCUUAACAUUGUUUAUGUUCUAAGGUUUUGCCACAAAUCAGUUGAAGAAUCAGUUCAAGAUUUGGAUGUUCAAGAAUCAAGAUGGACAACCUACGAAAACAUAUACCAUUUACAAGCAAAGGUUCCAGCCAAUCAGAGAGCAGAUCAGUUUUCCAUGUGACUACAGAUACUUUUUCGGUGAUGAAAAACUGUGGAGAUGUCAUAUCAAAAUACAUUGAGAUGUUAAACCAAUUCUGCAGUGCUGGUUCACAGCUUGCCAAAACAUUUUCUGAUGUCUUUCAAAAUACUCAAUUCUCCAAGUCUGCUGGCCAGUUCUUGGAUGUGAUGUCACAGAUUGAAAUGGCGACAGGUCAUACAACAGUCGAGGAAAAGACAAACAUUUUUCAGGUGCUUGAGGAGUUGGUGCUAAGUGUAGAUAAGGAUCCUAGUCAGAGUAUACACUCAGAAGACAGCUUGCAAAGUAUAAGGAGUUGCUUUAGUGCAAUAGUUCAGCUCCAUUGCCAGUUCAUAGCGACAAGUGCAGAAAUGUUGACAUCUUUUUCAAACAAGAAUACUGAGAUUACUUGUGCAUCAUUAACUAAAGAUGCCAAACCAUCAAUGAAGGAUAUAAGGUCUAAUCAACACUUCUCAAAGGUAAUACACCAAGAGGACACCUUCUCCACUUAUAAUAAAAAAGACCCCUUGAUGAACAAAAAAGUUGAAACAGUUAAAGUGAAAAAGGGAAAUAGUUCAUUUUAUGUUGAUCUUAUUGAUCUCAAUGAUGAAGCUGGUACUUCAAAAGAUCAACUUAAGACUGAUGAAACUAAACUGAAGGCUCAUGCACUUGAACUUGAUGCUGGCACAACUGGAUUUAAAGAUGGUGCUACCCCUGACCCAUGUGCUAACCCACCACUUAUCAACAUACAAGGCCCAGAGGCAGUUAUCAGUGCUGAGGCUGAGAUGGUGUCUCAAGAUGAGCUCGAUAAUGUAAUUGAUUUCCUUUCUAAGUGCCAUAAACCCCCACCCUGUAUGCAGUCUAUACCAGAGGAUGAUGUGCCAUAUACAAACCACCAUUUUUCAGGUAACGAAGGAGUUGAUGACAUGAUAUCACAACAAGCCGAUGUUCCAAUUACGCAUAGGAGGUCAUCUAGCCUUGUAGAGGAGAUACUGUCCCACAAUGAGAGGGGUCCAGUUUGGCCAAACCCCAUCAAACAACGAUCUAGUUUUCCCAGAGAUGCAUCCGUGCAACAGGACUAUUUUCCCAGUGAACCUUCAACUGCUGACUUAGAGUUCUCACAUUAUCUUUCCUCUAUUCAGGCAAUGAGUAGGGGCAGUCCAGGGGGCACUUGUGUAGGGAAUGGACAGUACCAGCCCUGGCCACAGAGUAGCAGGUACAACCAGUGGCAAACCCAGCAACCAUUGGGGUAUGAAGUUCUCACAAAAAGCUGGCAUGCUGGCCAUGAAUCAAGCAGUACAAGUGAUGACCAAUCUUCUAAUGGUGAAGCAUCAGUGUCUACAGAUAAUGUGGCUGAGAAAAGUAGAAGACACAGUAGUGCUGAGGGAAUGAGAGAUGGGCGUACAAUACAUCCACCUAUAGGGAACAGACAUCGCAGUUUGGAUGACCUAGUGCAUGACAAUAGGUCAAAGAUGUGGCCAGCAUGUGAUCCAGGGAUGAUGCCUGGAAAUAUGAACUUGCUUGAGAGAGGCAGACAUUCAGUUAAUGUUCCAGCCUUAGUGGGUCAGGCUGGACUACCAGGGGGUCAGGCUGCACUACCUGGGGGUCAGGCUGGACUACCCAGGGGUCAGGCUGGACUACUAGGGGGUCAGGCUGGAUUACCCGAGGGUCAGGCUGGACUACCAGGGGGUCAGGCUGGAUUACCAGGGGGUCAUGCUGGACUAUCAGGGGGGCAAUACCAGGCACAGCUAGCCAUGCAGCGGGGCGACCAUUCACCCUGGAAUAAAGGGGUCUUCAAGAAUUCUGCACCAUAUGCUGCCUUUCCAAUACCAGAUGCAGGGGGCGGAGUUACAGGUCAGAAGUAAUCAAUCUCCCUUUACCAGUUACAGUGGGCAGAGUUACAUGUCACAUGUAGUCAGUCUCCCGAUAACAAAUGUUGGGGGGAGCAGAAAUAGUCAAUCUCCCUACAUGUAUAUCAGAUGCAGCAGCAGUCACAGGUCAUUGUCUCCUUACACCAGAUCUAGGGGUGCAGUUACAUGUCAGAAGUUGUCAAUCUCCCAUACAAGGAGUAACAGGUCAGAAGUAGCUUUCAAUCAUCCAACAACACCUACUAUGUUCUCAGGUAAUUUGACUAUGGUGUACCAAUAUUGAAAUUAAAUCAGCGUAGUAAGAUACAACUUUCCCGGACAUACUUUUUACAAGCAAAGUAUUGUCUUGAUAUAUAAAUUACAGCUAUACUUAUAAACUGCAGCUGAAGAAAUGAAUAGAAGUGAAUACUGAAUUUCUAAUAUAUACCAGUUUAGUACUGAAAUAUAAAAUGAUGUUAUAUACAGUGUAUGUACUUUACUUAUAAACUGCAGCUAGAUACAUUGUAUGAAGUUGACUGGGCAUGCACUCACUAGUAGUAAGCUCAAAGGAACUGAAUGUUCAACAAACGUGCUAAUUUAUUGAAAUGGCCAUAAGCAUUAUAGUAUUACAAAUGUUAAAAAUGUUAAAAGCUGGUAAAAUAAUUUCCAAGUAAGUUUUCCACUGAAAUAUCAGGUUUUGUGAGAGGUGCAAG